AUGGACCAUUCGCAUAUGGAUCACGGACACAUGGACCAUGGCGAUAUGGGCCAUGGAGAUGGUGGACACGGUGGCAUGCCGAUGUGCAACAUGAAUAUGCUCUUUACAUGGGAUACAAGCAACCUCUGCAUCGUAUUCCGCCAAUGGCACAUUCGCGGUACGGCUUCGCUAGUUUUCAGCUUGCUAGCCAUUAUUGCUAUCAGCGCCGGUUACGAAGCUCUCCGCGAGGGCAUCCGACGCUACGAAUCCGCGAUAGCUGCCAAGCAGGACGCUGCACCCAAUGUUGCUAUCGCGAACGAUCAAGUCGAAUCAAAUACUGAGAGCGCGACAUUACUUGGGGUAGGACGAAGCAGCCAGGCCGAUGCGAUUGGGCGACAGGCCCAUGUUUUUAAGGCGGUGCUAUACGCCGUACAGAACUUUUACGCCUUUAUGAUUAUGUUACUCUUUAUGACCUACAAUGGCUUCGUCAUGUUUUCCGUUGCUAUUGGAGCUGGCCUCGGAUACUAUUUCUUUGGUUCGCAUACAAAAGCUGUAAAAGAGACCGCCUGUCAUUAG